AUGGCACCUUCGCGCUCAAAGGUCCAGGUCGGCUCCGCGCCAUGGAUCCUGAGCGAGCGCCGCCAGGCGAAUGAGUUCGUCGACCAGGAGGCCGAGGAGUUCUCCUACUCGGUGCGCAAUGAGAUGGAGUGGCUCAACGAACACAUGGCCGAUAUUUUCAGCAAGACUGAGCUGAAUGUCGCGGAUGUUUUCAAGACGCCCGGCAAACUACGAGGGAAGACUCCCAGAACCGCCCGCAAGCGGAACCCUCUUGAAACUCGGGCUCCCUUGACAGACAUUUUUGCGCCAAAUAUCCAGGCUGGACCGAGCCCGGCGAAGAACACCGAGUUCUUCAAGCAGAUUGCGCAGUUCCAGGUCGCAGAAGACCCCGAGCCUUCCUCGGCGCAGGAGCCUUCCCAACCUUCCCAAUCCGAGUCACAGACGCAUCGCGCUCCCCUGUCUACCCUGAUUACGGAUUCGGGAUACCAUGGCAUAACGGACGAUGAGAUGGAGGUUGAUGACAAUGAGGAAAUUGCAAAGCUCAGCCCGGUCAAGGAAAGCCCCGCGAAGCCUGCCGCUGUUUCGUCACCGCCCAAGCCCGCCGAUGAAAACGAAGAUUCGCAUGGGUCAUCGUUUGUCUCUGCCAAAGAAGAUGCCGAGAACCAAGCGCCAACUAACUACGGCGUCUAUGAGGACGAGGGCGCAGCCGCGCCGGAUGAGGACAUGGAUUUGGUCGCCACACAGCCAGACACACAACCGGAGGAGCCGCCGUCCCCGCACGACGAAGAGAAUGCAAAAUCCCCCCAGUACAGUGUCGGUGACCAAACGACCUCUGCUUUCAAUUCGAUAAUGCGCGCAGAGGAGCGCCGAAAAGAAGAAGAAGAACAGAAUCAGAUGGAUGCUGAGGGCACGAAGAGCCCUUCCGAGGGGCCCAGUCCGCCUAGGCAACUUUUGCGCAAGAGCAGCCUGGCAUUUUCAUCAUUACCCGCGCGUGAGCCGUUGGCGGCGAAGAAAAGUAUGGGUGCCAGAGUCUCCCGGACGAGCCACGUGGACCAGUACAAGGCGCGUAGCAGUCACUUUGGGAGGUUCACGCAUGGCAAGAGUCUGGGUGGAUCCCAGAACACCCAAACAGACCAUGGAAGCCAAGAGAAGGAAGCUGAAGAAGACAAGUCUUCAGCAGCGCAUGAGGCAUCGGAAACGACGAAGACGCACAACAAGACUUCCACACAACUUCUCCAUGAGCGGAUUAACAUGCUUGCUCAGUCACAAGAGCCUAGGACCAAAUCGAUUCCAUCCAGUCAAACAAGCACCGAACCGAAUUAUCCGCAACUGCCGGGCGUGGACAACGAAGACGAGCCCGAACCAGUCAUUUCCAAAGCACCAGCAAAAGCACCAAGCCCAGUGCAAAACACCCAAGAGGAUGAAGACGAAGACGAUGAUGACGAUUGGAUUGCUCCAAUCAGCAGCAUGCCUCCUCCAAUGUCUUCCAUUCGCCCUGUUCUAAACAAGAGCCGCUCAGCUGAAACCAUGGAUAACACCCUUGGAAAAAGCAGUGUUGGCAGCACGGAGCCGGAUACCCAGGCUUCAAAGUUGCGUUCGCCCGCAACAAGAGCAUCGCCAUCCGGUGCCAAACAUGCGAAAUCCAGCUCCUCCGUUCCCGACUUUGGUUCUCCGUUGAGGCCCGUGGCAACGGACCCUGGCUCAACUCACAAAAAAUCGAACUCUGUCGACGAGCCUGAGCCUGCUGAGGUUGAGGAAACCAGCACCCCAGCAGGCUCUCCCAGCAAGACUGAUGCUGGUGCACUCAGCGCAUCUAAAUCCCGAUUCUACUCGGUUUUGAAAUCGGCGAGGAGUAUGUUCGCCAGCAGUGCUGGAGCCGGCGAUCAAGCUCGAUUGGACGCGCAGUCGCCUGCACCCACCUAUCCUGAAAUGGAGGAGGUGUCCAGUCCCGAGCCUUCUCGUCCUUUGUCAUCUGUUUUCGAUAAGCCUGUAAACCCCGCUCCUCCAGCAUCCCGCUCGAUGGCUGCACCGGCAACCCCCAAGCCGACCGAGGUCCGUAAAACACGCAGUUCGACUGAGCGUGAGGGCAGGCAGAAGGAGAUUGAGGCCAGGGAAAGGGAGCGCCAAGAGGAAGAGGCGCUGGAAAAGGAACGAGAGAAGGAACGCCAAAAGGCUGCUGCAGCGGCUGAAAAGAAAAAGCAAAAGGCAAAGCCCUCGAAAGAGAGCUUGAGCAUUCGUCCAGGUGCCGCCAGCCGUGCUGGUACCGUCUCUCCAUUCGACGAGGAUUACAACUCGGCUGAUGAGGCGGCAUCACCUCCACCGGCUCCGAAGACGCAGCCUUCUGCGAGCAAAUCUCAAACACUGAAGCAGCCGGCCAGCCGGCUUGCGAAGCCCAGCAAGGAGUCUUUGAAGCCUGUCAAGGAAUCUAUUCCGAGGCCCAGGACGCUUAUCAAGGUGGGCCUUUCUUCGCAAAGGGCACACCCUUCGACGGCCGAUCUGUCAAAGUCUCUUCAGGGAACUUUGCCUGCACCGAAGGUGAAUGCUGAGCCCGCAAGCAAUUCAUUCAACAAGAGCAUCACGGGCGCAUCAUCAUCGGUGGCUAAGCCUAACUCGCUGGCAUUGGCGGCCAAGAACAAGGAAAAGGAGGAACGUGAGGCUCAACGCAAGGCCGAGAAGAAGCGUGCUAUCGAGCAACAGCGUGCUGAAAAAGCUGCAAAGGCCGAAGAAGAGCGUCGCAAGGCUGAUGAAGAACGUCGGGCCGAAGUCCAGCGUAAGGCUGCGGAACAACAACGGGCUCAAGAGGCGAAGAGGGCUGCGAACAGACAGGCGCUGGCAGCUGAGGCGAAGAAACAAGAGCAGAUGCGGUCAAAGGCUGCAAGCCGCCAAGGCAACGACCUCGCCCAUGCACUGCAGCAAGAGAAGGCCAGUACGAUGCCGUCGCAUCAGCGUUCCGACAUGCCAGCAACCAGACCAAUUUCCAGGAUGAACACGGUUCAGGACAUGAACCUCAGCCGGCCCGUUAACCCGGCGAAACCUCCGCCAAAGCGCAUGUUUCAAGCUGAUGAUGACGAACCUGUACAACGGCCCCAGGUGCCGCGUAAUGGUCCCUCGUUUCAACGACUAGAUGCGAAACGCCGUAGAACCAGCGAAGAAGCCGAAGAACCGGCAGGGCAGAGGCGGUCAAUGAUGGCACCACCAAUCCGCCAAUCUAACAUCCGCAAGGCAUACCCCGACAGGGAUCGGAUCAUGGGCGUUAUUGACAAGGCCAAGGACGUGCCCAGCAAGUUCACGCACGGCUACAUGGCGGCGCCGUCGGGGGCGUCAUCUCACACCGGCUCCAUGUUCAAGCAGACGGUCACGGCGCAGCACCAGAUCCAGCACGGCAAGCCGAGCGGGCAUCCCAACGACAUGGCGACCAUCUCCAAAGCGAAGAUACCAUUCGCAGACUCUGCAGCAGCGCCAGGCCCAUCGGCCUCUGCGGCCGGCCCCUCGAGCCACCAGUUCAAGACGCCAAUGCGUGUCAACACGACGACGACGACGGUCAAGACGGCGAGCCCGCACUUCCCGACGCCGGAGCUGCCAGACAUAGCGACGGACUCGGAGGACGAGGACUCGGAUGCCGAGGCGUCGAGCUUCCAGGCGCCGUCGUGGGUCAAUAGCCCGGCGUUGAAGGAGCUGCUCUCGCAGCAGCAGCUGGUGGAUCCAAUGGAGGUGUUUGGCCCUAUCCCGCCGUUGCAGAUGGAGGAGAUAUUCAAGAAUAAGGAUCGCCAUAAGAGGUUUAGGGAGAGGACGAGCUCGGCGCAUUGGACGGCGGAUAAGUUGACGGAGGAGGAGAGGAAGAAGGAUAGGGAGGGUAGGAAGCGGUUGAUGGAGGAUGGGGGGUGGACUUAUAGGAAUGCGAGUUAA